CACUCUUUGAUCUGUGAAUCCCUCGGUCUGCAAGCACUUCAAUGUCUGUCAUCCUGCUGUGGACUUGAAUACUGUAGAUCAGGAGAUGUGUGUACCUCUGCACAUUUUAUUGGAACUGAAUGAGUUUAACCUUUGUGAUAGUUACAUGGCUGAUAGUUUUAAUGCAUCUUAUCUUUUUUUUCUAUAGAAAACAACUUGCUCUAUAUCAGAGCAUUUAAUUAUAUUCUCAAAGUAUUCAAUUCAUUCUCAAGUUGGCAGCUUAUGAUUUCAUACAACUCAUUCCCACUUAUGAUAAUUCGGCAGGUGUUUUUCCAUAAUUUUCAUGAAUCACCUUUGACUUUUACUUGGGCUUGGACUCACGGUCUAAAUCCCCAUUCGCUAUUCACAUUGACAGUAACGAAUGACCAAACACCUCUUCACCAUGUUUCAUAUUGCAGUGCCUGGGAGACUACAAAGCCCCCCCAAAAAAGAAAAAUAUAUUUUUUUAAAUGUAACAUGUAAAAAUAAGUCUUCAGUCGAGAUUUAAACAUUUCUAUUGAGGUAGCCACUCUAAUAUCCGGGGAUAGGGUAUUCCAGAGCAGCUGCAGCUGUGUUCUUGCCAUUUUUCACCCAAUGUAUUUGAUCAGCUACAGUUGCUAAAGGAUCUUGCAGGUGCUGUGGGUUAUUUAAGAAAACUAAUACCUAAGGCUAUACUCACAAUUUCCCCUCACAGUCUCGCCCUCAGUAAGCAAGUGAAAGCCGCUCCCAGAAAUGACAAAGGCUGGAGAUGUUUGUCUCUCACAAUAUGGUCCAGCUUCUCCUGCUACCUUCAUAAGUCUCAUGUGCUGUCAUGCACUGUAUAUCCUUGUCAUUUGCAAAGCAUACAACAGUGGUGGUUGCUAAUAUCCACCAUGUAUUUGAGGUGGAAUAUGUUUUUUAUGUAUAAUAUAUAAUACUGCAUCUGUUUACCUCUGAGAGUUGCUGACGACAAAGUUAAGGUCAGGUGAAAUUAAUUAGUGACCAUGAGAUGCACAACACAGACACACAAAAUACACAAACACGGAAAAAACAUGAACACACUCCAGAGGCCUAAAACAAACUAAAAAGUCCAGAACAUAAAUUGCACAGUGCCUGUGCCGUGCUGUGACAGUUUACCCAACAUACAGUAUUGACAGAACAAUACCAGUCUGAAAGUGUCAAUUCAAACUAAAAAGUACCAUCUUUGUUAAGGCAGAAUCUUACUAGAUUUUGCAGCUGUGCAAUGAGCGUACCAUUAUUUGAUGCUCUGCAUCAUCUAUCUCAUUGUCUCCCAACACUUAGGUCAGAAGAAACAAUAAUGCUUCUAGUUUAACCUUUACUGGGGUACCUGGGUCAAACAAAAAUAUUGGAACGGCAACAUUCAAUUCCUUUUUUUGUUGUUGUUAUAUACUGAAUAAAUUUUAGUUUCAGAUCAAAAGAUGAAUAUGAGACAAAGGUUCAGAAUUCCAGCUUUUAUUUCAUGGUACAUCUAGACGCUUUAAACAACUCAGGACAGAGCACAUUUUGUUUCAACCCACUCACUUUUCAAGUGAGCAAAAGUAUUGGAAUAUGUGACUGAUCGCUGUUUCUAGUUUCUCAGGUGGUGCCUUUUAGAUUGAUUGCUUAAAAAUUUGUGAUUGUUUUUGGCUUUUGGUUUCACCUGUGAUAACUGCAUUUGCUGUUAAGCAAACAUGAAGACCAGAGAGCUGUCUACAGGAGAAAAGCAAACCAUUUUGAAGCUGUGAGAAGAGGGAAAAUCGAUCAGAGCUAUUACACAAACAUUGGGCAUAGCCAAUACAACAAUUUGGAAUGUCCUGAAAAAGAAAAACUACUGGUGUACUGAGCACCAGACAUCGAACAGGUCGGCCAAGGGUAUCAGUAGAGGUUGAUGACAGAAACGUGAGAGCUGUGAAGAAAGACCCAAAGACAACAGUCAGUGACAUCACUGCCAACCUCCACAGGGCAGGAGGGCAGGGCAUAUCACUGUUUGAAGACUAAGAGAAGAAAUAUACAGGCCAUACCACAUGAUGCAAACCAAAUGCAUCCAAACUAAUUGGGAGAAGCUUCAUCAUGGAACAAGACAAUGACCCAAAACACAUUGCCAACAUAACAACAUAACAAAGGACUUAAUCAGGGGGUAAAAGUGAAAGGUCUUAGACUGGCAAUCACCAGACCUUAACCCAAUUGAGCAUGCAUUUUACCUCCUGAAGAGGAGACUGAAGGGAGAAACCCCCAGAAACAAACAAUAACUGAAAGAGGCUGCAGAGACAACAAUCUUUGCAAGAAAAAAAAGUCUUCUGCAUGACCGGCUCGUCUGCCUUGUGAUGGGGUGAAACGUAGAAAGAGGUCUCAUGUCUCUGGCCUUGUCAAAUAAUCCACUGUUGAAUGGGGGCACUAACAUCGUGGCCUUGGCUAUGUCUGUCAGCAGGAUAAUCUUCAGACUACAAAAAUGAUUAGUAGUAAGUAAGUUAGCAAAGCACUAAUACUGCACUAUCAACAAAAUAUAAAGAUGUCAGUAUCAGGUAUUAGUACAUAUGACUAAAAAGCAAACAAGCAUGAUAGUCUUUAGCCUCACCAUAACGAUAACAAAUGCUUUCCAGAGGAUCCUCUCCUCUGUCCACAGUUGGAUUCUCUUUAAACUAGUUAAGAGGUGAGAAUUGUUUAUUAUGCUAGUUAACCAAAAUAUUACCAGUAAAUAUUAACAAGUUAAUUUAUUAUCAGUACAAUAUGUACAUGAGACGAUAUAAGGCUUUAAGCCUUCUUAAGCCAGACACAUAGACAUUCGGGCUUCAGAAUUUAUCAUGUUUAUCAUCAUCAUCGAGAUAUUGACUAAACAUAUUUCCAAGACAACCUGAACCAAGAUAAAUAACGUCAUGUAGUCAUAAAUCUUUAUUUAUAGUGUAUAUUUUUACUGAAGUCAUAUGAUUGCAACAUUGCUCAAAAAAGCUCUUGGGCGUAAGGCUACACUUUUUCUGUCCCUUAUUUUUAUUUUGUCUCGUGGCCCAGACUGCCCCAUUGGCCCUGGGAGUUCACAAUUACACAAAAUUUCACAUCUUGUUGGCACAGAUCUCUUCUUUAUAUUUAUCACCCAAUAUGUUACAUGUAAAGUCACUGAUGGUGUAGUGAUGCACUCGCCUGACUUUGGUGCGGGCAGCGUGGGAUCAGUUCCCACUCAGUGACUGUGUGAAUGUGAGUGCAAAUGGUUGUCCGUGUCUAUAUGUGCCCUGCGACUGACUGGCAACCAGUUCAGGGUGUAGUCCACCUUUCGCCCGAAGUCAGCUGGGAUAGGCUCCAGUGCCCCUCGACCCUAACCAGGAUAAGCGGUGUUGACAAUGGAUGGAUGGAUGUUACAUGUACAAAAAAAGUACCAUUACUUUUCUGAUGCAUGCCUGUUAAAAUAUUAUUUUCUAAAUAAAAUAAGUAGCAUUUUCACUGUACACAGGGUCCUCAGCUAAUGACCGAUUUCUUCUACACAUUUUUACAUAAGACGGAAUGCGUCAUAGUCUAUCACUAACGCAGUAGUAAAUAUGAAAACCCAUGAUUAAAAAAACAACCAUAUGAAAAACAGUAUAUCAUGUACUGUAUAUGUACUGUCAUAAACCAAGCACCCCCUGUCAUUUUUUUUUUAUACCUGUCUGCGAACCAACCGAGAUGAAUCCGCGACCCACCAGUUGAGAAUCAUUGUGCUAGAGAGGGGACUCCAUAGAGGACUGUGACCCCCACAUUGUCAACAUCAAACACUUCAACUCAUUCUCCACCAUUUAAAAGCAACAGAAUUAGAGUGGCUUCUAAACCAAAGGACAUCUGGCACCACUUGUUUUAAAGACAGCAUACCACUGAGCUGCACGGGAGGAGGGGUAAAUGUCGCAACCUUGAUGAGGACCUUUCUUUGGGACCACCACGCUAGCGCUGCAUGCCACUUGGUUGCUGCUGGAUACAGUGAAAUAACAGCGCAGGUCGAGGGAGGUAGCCGAGCACAGUGUGGCUGUGUGAAACACGGGACUGAGGUGACCAGUGGAUAGCGUGAUGGCAGAGCUGAGGCUUUCCACUCCUCUUCCAAUUCUUCUCCUCCUCCUUGCCCUUGGAGGAGUUCUUCCAGUGGCACAGGGCUCUAGUUAUCUGUCUGGAUAUCGCAUGAGGUCUCGCCCCCAGCGGGACCGGCAAAUCCGAAACAUUCGACCAAAUAUCAUUCUCAUCCUCACAGAUGAUCAGGACAUAGAGCUGGGCUCAAUGCAGGCCAUGAACAAAACCCGGCACAUCAUGGAGAAGGGUGGAACACAUUUCUCCAAUGCUUUCUCUACCACGCCGAUGUGCUGCCCAUCUCGCUCCUCCAUCCUGACUGGGAAGUACGUCCACAACCACCACACAUACACCAACAACGAGAACUGCUCCUCACCCUCAUGGCAGGCUCACCACGAGCGACACACCUUCGCGGUCCACCUCAACAACUCUGGCUACAGGACUGCUUUCUUUGGAAAGUAUCUCAAUGAGUAUAACGGCUCCUAUGUGCCCCCGGGCUGGAGGGAGUGGGUCGCCCUGGUGAAGAACUCUCGCUUCUACAACUACACUCUCUGCCGGAAUGGAGUACGAGAGAAACACAGCAGUGACUAUUCAAAGGAUUACCUGACAGACAUCAUCACCAACGACAGCAUCAACUACUUUCGAAUGUCCAAGCGGAUGUAUCCUAUCCGUCCUGUCAUGAUGGUUCUGAGCCAUGUUGCCCCUCACGGCCCAGAGGACUCUGCCCCACAGUACAGCUCUGCCUUCCCCAAUGCUUCGCAGCACAUAGCCCCCGAGCCUUUGUCUUUUCGACGCUCCAUGCUCCUGACUGGUCGACUCGUGCUGCUGGAUAAUAGAACGUCUGCUACUGGCCUCAAGAGACAAAUCCAGGACCAAACUCCGAGCUACAAUUAUGCUCCUAAUCCAGACAAACACUGGAUCCUCCGCUACACGGGGCCCAUGAGACCUGUGCACAUGCAAUUUACUAACAUGCUGCAGCGCAGGAGGAUGCAGACCCUGCUGUCUGUGGAUGACAGCAUGGAGAAGAUGUACAACAUGUUGGUGGAGACGGGUGAACUGGAUAACACCUACAUCAUCUACACAUCAGAUCACGGCUACCAUAUUGGCCAGUUUGGGCUAGUGAAGGGCAAAUCAAUGCCUUAUGAGUUUGAUAUCCGCGUUCCCUUCUAUGUACGAGGGCCCAAUGUGGAACAAGGUGCCAUUAACCCCCAUAUGGUCCUGAACAUUGACUUAGCGCCAACUCUGCUGGACAUGGCUGGUGUUGAUAUCCCUGCAGAAAUGGAUGGAAAGUCAAUCCUAAAGCUGCUGGACACUGACAAACCAGUGAACAGGUUCAAUUUAAACAGGAAAGCUAAAACUUGGAGAGAUUCCUUCCUUGUGGAGAGAGGAAAGCCUCUGCACAAAAUGGCCGAUGGGAAGGAAAUGGCUCAGGAGGAGAACUUCCUGCCUAAAUACCAGCGAGUAAGGGAGCUGUGCCAGAAGGCAGAGUACCAGACUUCUUGUCAACAGCGGGGCCAGAAGUGGCAGUGCGUGGAGGACCCGUCUGGCAAACUGCGGCUGUAUAAGUGCAAGGGCAUGGCUAGUCUCUAUGCCCCUCGAAUGCAGGCUCUGAUGGCCAGCGGUGGCCCCCAGCUGUCUUCUUUGUCAAAUGCAGACAACUGCAACUGCGGCAAUUUGGGCUUUAGAACAUCCGUCCUGAAGCGAAAGAAACUCCUCACUAAGAAGAAGCUUAAAUCAAGCAAGUCUGCCUCUCGGAAGCGUUGGGCCCGCUCUGUGUCCUUUGAGCUGGAUGGAGACGUGUACGCUUUAGACCUAGAAGAGUCCUACCAUCCCGCAAGCUUUCAGAACGAUAGCUGGACUUUGGACAGAAGCAGAGGAGUUGGUCAUGAGGAGGACGAUGAAGAGUUCAGUGGCAUGGGAAUCACAGCCAGGCCCACCACUGACAACAGACUGACUCCACUUGCUGCUCUCAAGGUCACAUACAGAUGCUCUAUUCUAAUGAAUGACACAGUGAAAUGUGACGGUGGCCUCUAUAAGUCCCUGCAGGCAUGGAAAGACCACAAAAUGCACGUUGAGCAUGAGAUUGAAACUUUGCAGACCAAAAUAAAGAAUCUGCGCGAGGUCAAAGGACACUUAAAACGGGUGCGACCAGAGGAAUGUCAGUGCAACACUCCCAGCUAUCUGCUCAAGAAUAAAGACAACUAUAUGCUGCGCACUGGACGUGUGCAUUCGCUCAGAAUGCCAAAGCAGAAGACGCAGUGGCUGCAGAAGGAGCAGAAGCGCAGGAAGAAACUCCGGAAAUUCCUGAAAAGGCUCCAGAACAAUGACACCUGCAGCAUGCCUGGCCUUACUUGCUUCACCCAUGACAAUCAUCACUGGCAGACCGCCCCCUUCUGGACAAUGGGGCCAUUCUGUGCAUGUACCAGUGCCAACAACAACACCUACUGGUGCCUGAGGACCAUCAAUGACACACACAACUUCCUGUUCUGUGAGUUUGCAACGGGUUUCCUGGAGUAUUUUGACCUCAACACAGACCCAUACCAGCUGAUUAAUGCUGUCAGCACCCUCGACCGCAACGCUUUGAAUUCGAUGCAUCAACAGCUCAUGGAAUUACGGGGUUGCAAGGGACACAAGCAGUGCAACCCUGAAAAGGGAGGCAAAGAGCGAAACUACUUUAGUGAAUACAGGCCGGUUUAUCGUCGAAAGAGGCCAAAAGUGAAGAAACCGUCGUCCAAAUCACUGGGGCAGAUUUGGGACGGUUGGGUGGGUUAACCAACUGUUUCCCAUUGCCAACCACAAGAGGCAGCCCUGCCACACUCUGAUGACAUCAUUAGUUGGGGUUUUAAUUUAUUACAGAGCCACACACCGAGGCAAGAGACAUGAAGAAACUGAGAGGAAGCCCAUACAACUCUGUCAUUAUGAGUUGUUCUUCUUCACACAUUUCAUUCUGGGGUCAAGAUCCGUCAACAUGAACUGGAUGCUGUGAUUUACAUGGGACUGUAUGUGUAUGCACAAGCCACUCAGUUUCACUGUUUGUAGAUAAGUAUUAGCUUUAAUCAGCUUUCAUCCCCGUGACACUGGACUGGAGUGGAUUGUGCUGUCAACUCUGCUGCUACUCAUACAAGUUACUCAUGCUUAAAACCUAAAUCAUAUGAUCCAUGGCCGUGCAGACAUGUCAUUGUCUAUACGAAUGCUUCUGUACACUGAUGUGGUGUGAACUUUUGAGUCCACUAAAUACAAACGUGACAUUUGGCCAUUAUCUUUUGUAUCAUAGUUGAACUUUACUUUAAUAUUGAAUGUUCUCAAUGAGCCGUCCUCCUCAAACUAGUGAUGUUUGAGUGGUGUUGAUCACUCACCUUUAACACAUCUCAACAUGCCACUUUUUGAAAAAGGUCCUAACAAGCCCAACCAGUCCAAAAUAUUUGAUAGUUGGCAGAAUGUGUAUUAUUAAUGCCAUUUAUUUUAUCCUUUGUAACGACAGUACCGCACAGUAGAUGUCUCAAUCUAGCUUGCUAUAUGGUGCUACAGGAUAACCAUACAGAAGUAAACUUGCUGUACAGUACAAGUUUGUAAUUGAAUGUAUGUUGUGCAAUUGAUAUAAAUGUUUACAAUAUUUUUAUAAUACCGAAGAGGCGGACCUCAUAGUGUGAGUUGAAACAAAUGGACUACUAUCAAGGGGAAUGUAGAUUGUACUUUGCUUCUUUACAUGAGAAAAGCACUUAUAAGGAUACACUGUGAAGACAUCAACUUAUAACGUUUAUUAUGUGCCAGAGGAACAGCACAACGGUGUUAUGUACAUGCUCAUUUGAUUUUAAGCGAGCUUUUUUUUUUAGUUUGUUCAAUUUUGUUUUCUUAGCAGGCCGUAGACCUGAGUGCUGACAGUAAUUGUGAAUAAAGUGUUUCGACCAAAACAUGACCAAACUGCUGUGUGUCCAGCAGGGGUCACUGUCUGUCCGCAUGGUAA